AUGAAUGCCUUCAAAUCAUUCUCUUAAGCUAUUUUCGCUAUGAUUCCAAACAUUUUUAGUAACCCACUUAGAAAUUAAAAUGCUGAGGAUAAUUGCAGCUACAGUAGUGCUGAAGAAAUAGAAUGCAGCUCAGAGUGCAGUCUAUGCUACUCUGAUAAUUUGACAGUUAGUAAGUCUAGCAGAGAUAUAAACUCAAAGCACAGUAGUAAAAGCUAAAAGAGCUGUAGAUGCUCCAAUGGCACUAAAAAGUUAAGGCUUAAUCAAGAUAUUGAGCAUGACAUAGAAAAAGGAGGGAGUACAGAGUAUAUCACUCUUAGAUAAUAAAGUAGUAAUAGAAUUGAAAAGCUAUUAAAUAAUGACUCCUAGAAAAAUAAGGAAAAUAAUAUUCCGCAAGAUCACCAUUUGAGAUUUCAGCAAAAUCCUUUUUAGAAUUCAUAGUAUACUUUUGGCCAAGAUAUAUUCAAGAAUCGAAAUCAGAUAAAUAAACGCAAUUCAUUUGUGACUGAGAAAGUUUAAAUAAUUCAAUCAUAAGAGAGCUAAGGAUACCAAUAGCUAUCACAGAAAGAUUUCCAAAAUUCACAGGACAAGUAAUAAGCUGUCAGAAAAUCCCUAGAAGUUAAUAAGGAAAAAUCAGAACUCCAUCAAGAAAAUGAUAGACAAUCUAUUUUACCAAAGCGACAAAGUGAGGAGAAGAAAAUAACUUUCGAGUUAUUUAACCAGUAAAAAUCUAGUAUUAAACUAUUCACACUUGAGGAUCUUAAAUAAAAUUCAAUUUGUCUUGAUCAAACUAUGAAAUAACUAGAAAAGUUUGCAAACAUAUCUAUCCUUGAUUAAGAUCCAAUUCCUGCUCAAUCCCAGUAAUAAUAGUUUCAAUAGUAGCCAUCAUAAAAGAGAAAAGCUCAAGUUAUAUACAAUGAGGAAAUUGAAAAUGAUUAUAAUGAAAUAGUGGUGGAUGAAAUAUUUUCUAAAGAUAAAUUAAUGACUGAAGUUGUAAUAAAUAAUCACGAAUGCAACUAUCAGAUAUACAGAGGAUCAAUGGAAUGCUUGAAGCCAGGCAAAUGGUUUAAUGAUGAAAUCCUAAAUGCUUACACAGAGCUAGUGAACUAUAGAGACAAUGAGAAGAAUCUCAACAAUGUCUAUGUGUUCAGCACCUUUUUCUACACUAUGAUAGAUGAAAUGGUCAAGAGAAAUGACUAUAAUUACAAUAAAUUAAUGAGGAAGAUUAGUAAAAAGGGAAUUAAAUUAGAAAAAUUCAAACUUUUACUUGUUCCCAUUAAUUUAACUAAAUACCACUGGUUCCUAAUCGCUUUGGACUUAAAAGCUAAUAUAAACUAUGUCAUUGACUCCAUGAGGACAUCUAAUCUGGAACGAUACUAAAAUAUUUGCAGAAACCUAUAGAGGGUAUUUAAUGAAUAUAUAAAGUCUACUGGAGAAAAUGAGAACCCAAAAGAAUUUCAAAUAGAAAUCUGUGAAGGUAUUCCAUCUCAAGAUAAUGGUCAUGAUUGUGGAAUGUGCACUUGCUUGAAUAUGGAAUUGCUAGGCAUUAAUGCAGAUGUAAAUGAUCUAUCUUACCAAAAUAGUGAAGAAUUCUCAGCAAAUCAGAGGAGAAAGAUAGCUGUAGAAUUAGUGAAAGGAGAACUGACUGAACAAAAAUACUGA